AUGCAGCAAGAAGCUCGGAAUACCGAAACCCAUCAGCGAUCAUGGGCAGGCAGCAGCCUUCGUCACAAAGCGGUUCAAUUUGUGAGCGCAGGGAGCUUGGAACCAACUCUAGAACCAGACAAGGAUCAAACAAAAUUGGACACGGAUCGGGAGGAACCAAAAACCGACCAUAUACCGGACAAAAAGGCCGAUAUUGAGCUUCCAUUCUUCUUCGAUUCAAAGGGACAAGGAGCUAUUCACACCGAACACCCGGACCCAGUACUGCGAUCGAAAUUAUCAGAUAUAGAUGACUCGAGUGAAGACGAAGUUGUGUUCACCGGCAGGAGGAAUACAAAACCCAUUCUCAUUGAAACCAAUCAGAACGAGAUUCAAGAAAUCGUACAGACAACCACUGCUGCAUCCAUGCAGAAACCACACACAACGUUAGACUCUGCGCUCCGGGACCCUUCGCCAGCCGCUACCCCCACAGGCCACCCCGAAUCCGACCUAGAGAGACCAGAUUGGCCACUAUUAGAGGAGACCGACCCACUAGCCGACUAUAUCGCCAACAUCGACAAUGACUACCACGAGGAAGUGACAUCCGGUGCAAAGGUUGACCUAGAAGGUGGCAUUGACGUUGAAAAAGCCGCAAGUCAACUAGAUCUUUCGCCUUUGAGCCCCACAGGCUCCAAAAUCGAAUCACCAAGAUCACUAGCUCAAAUGCAAAUUGACACCGGACAUGAAUCACUUUCAACAUCAAGCGAAGAUGACGAGGGCGACAUGGUGGUCUCAGGAUCAGAUGACGACAACCUUGAAGAUUUCGUGCUGCUCGACCACCUGGCGAACGGAUAUUCUCAAUAUACCAAGAAAGGUUCCCGUCAUGGAUUUCCAUCGGCAUCGGCACUUGCGGAUGCCCUUGAGUCUGACCCAUAUUUCGGGUUUGAUAUAAUGGACUUUGACCGGCCAAGUCUACGGAAAAAAUCCAAGGGCAAGAAGUCCGUUCCCGACCCAGUACUAUCCGAUAGUGAAUUCGAGAUCGAGCUACAGGAGGCUUGGCAGAACGACCGAACCAAAAAGAGACUGCGAAAGAUGGAGCGGGAAGAGCUCCGGGCGCAAGGACUACUGGGCAGAAAAGCAGGCAAUCCGGACCUCAAGGUCAAGUACCCCAAGGAAAUGAACAUGGAGGAAUUUAUGACUGAGCUUCGCUCAUUCCUCAUGUCCGCUAAAAAUAGGUUCGUUAUUUAUCUGCUCAUUCUCAUCGACACAGCUAACUCAUGCAGCUUGUCCUUGCCGCCCAUGACCAAGCAACGCAGAAAGCUGAUACAUGAAUUGGCCAAUGCGCUGAAUCUGAAAUCACAGUCACGCGGCCAUGGGCUUUCUCGCUUCCCGGUUCUCAAUAAGACCACGCGCACUCCGCGAUACACGUCCAAGACUAUAUCUAACGUUGAUGAGCUCUUAUCCGGGAGGAAGUUCAACCGUCGGUUGUUCAAAUCAUGGGGUACGGAGGUGCAGAAAUUCUCCCAACCCAGGCGUGGAAAGUCCGGUGCAGCUUCAUAUAUGGAUGGCGAUGUGGUUGGUGCCUCAGCUCCUGAAAUCGGAGCUGAAAACCGAGGGCGGGCUAUGCUGGAGAAGAUGGGAUGGAGUACCGGUACUGCUCUGGGUGCCGCCGACAACAAGGGAAUUCUGCAGCCUGUCGCGCAGGUCGUGAAGAACUCGCGGGCUGGGUUAGGUUAG